AUGACAACUGCUAAGUUUCACCAUGAGGAAGACAGCAUCGUUGCAAAAACAGAGAAGCAAACUGAGACAAAACACGACGAAUCUCUCCAGAAGGAAACUGAAAUUUCGUCACAAUUAGAUUUGGAGAUUCCAUUCAGUACACAAUGCAGCUCUCUCUCUCAGACACCACCACAUAUGGACGUUCAGAUGUUAUCAGUUUAUGACGAACUGAAGUUUGAUAAUCUAGAUGGCGGUGCCUGGAAGCAAGGAUGGAAUGUAGUUUACAAUGAACAUCAAUGGGCAAACGACGAUCUUAUGGUUUUUGUAGUGCCGCAUUCCCAUAAUGAUCCAGGUUGGAAGAAAACGUUUGAGGACGAUCGCCCGUCGUCAGCAUCAUCCUCGUCAUCGACCAAGGGGGAGGGGUGGCCGGCUGAUAAAGGCAUGCUCAAGGAGUUUGUAGCCGAACUCUUGUCAGAUAACAAGUUCCUUGAUAGUAUCGUCGACCGUGUUGUGUUAAAGCUGAAUGAUAAUCUCGAUGAGCUGAUAAGAGCGCGCAUCCAGAGUGAGUAUGAACCGCGUUUAUCGGCUAUGGAGAAAAAAAUCGAUUCAUUGGAGGCUGAAAUUCGCGACAUUACAAAAAAGGCAGCAUCUCGUACCGAAUUGUAUGAGCUUAAGUUGGACUCUCAAGAACAAUACCAACGUCGCAAUAAUGUACGAAUAUUUGGCAUUCCGGAGGUGAAUGGAGAAAAUGUCACCGAGAUUGUCACCAAGCUGUGUAGUGACAGAUUGAAAAUCGCGGUGGAUGCAGCGCAGAUCGACCGCUGCCACAGAGUGGGACGUCUUCCUGGUACUGGAGCGACUCAGGCGAGACCGAGAGCUGUCAUCGUCAAGUUCGUGAGCUACCAGACUCGGCGUUCGGUGUUAUCGGCGAGGAGGCAGCUCAAGGGUUCUGAUAUCACUAUAAGAGAGGACCUCACGAGACGACGACAUGCUCACUUCCGUGAGGUGGCAGCUAGAGUGGGCAUCAGGAAUGCGUGGACGAUCGACGGCAGAUAUAACGAUGCUGCCGCACUGAGCACCGGCGAGCUGCUUAGGCGGGCGGUCACUCCAUUUCCCGGCCGACUGAAGAUUGCUCAUGUGAAUGCACAAUCCCUCCUCUGUCACAUCGACGAAUUCAGGCAUGUAUUCGGAGGCCAGGAUUGUGACGUUGUCUUGGUAUCGGAGUCUUGGCUGAAACCUGACGUUUCAAAUAGGCUUGUGGAACUUGAUGGGUAUGUACUCCUUCGUAACGAUCGCUUACAUAAAAACGGUGGAGGUGUUGCUGCGUUUGUUAAGCGCGCCUUGCUGCCGAGUCAUAAGUAUUCAUCCGAUUCAUCGAUUCCAAAUAGACCCGAAUACAUGUUCCUUGAAAUUAAAUCUCAUAAUGUUAAAAUGCUGAUUGGAGUAUGUUAUCGACCACCUCAUAUAGGAUUCAUGAGUGACUUUGGAGAUACCCUGUUGCGUCUCAUGCUGCCGUACAGCCAUAUAGCUGUAAUGGGAGACUUUAACACUGACUUACUAGGACGUGACACCUAUGACAAGACUCAACUCACGACUAUGUUUUAUACUGGUGGCAUGACCCUGCUCCCCCUCCAGGCGACUCAUCAUACCGCUACGUCUGAUACGCUCUUGGACCUGAUUGCUGUUUGUGAUGAGCGGUCGGCUGUUGGCCAUGGGCAGAUCCCUUUCCCUGCACUGUCUGCUCAUGAUAUGGUUUACCUUGUAUAUGGCUUAAAAAGUCCCAAACAGAAGCCAAAAAUCAUUGAAUACAGAGAUUACAAAAACAUCAACUACCAUGAGUUAUUCAAUGAGGGGAUGACAUUGAACUGGCAAACCAUUUACGCAACUAAUGAUGUUAAUUACAUGGUGAAUGAGUUGCAUAAUGGUGUAUCCUAUUUAUUCAAUAAGUAUAUUCCACUUGUGCAGCGCAGAGUGACAAGGGAUCCUGCUCCAUGGAUUUCAAGAGAAAUACGUCGGAUGAUGGCCGAGCGCGAUCGGUGUAGUAGAGUUGCACGACGCACAAAGAGCUCUGUGGAUUUCAAUAGCUACAAGCGAAUGAGAAAUUUGUGCAAGCAGACCAUCAGAAACGCCAAAUCCAGAUAUUUCCAAAAUCUGAUCUCCUCUGCUGGUUCAUCUGCUUGUAAGUGGCGUAGACUGAGGUCUGUUGGAGUUGGUGGAGAGGGGGGCGGGCCUGUUGUGUCUCACUCACUGGACGAUCUCAACAACUUUUUUACUGACAUACCUGUUGGCUUGGAUCGUGCCCAUGACUACAUCAACUCUUUGCCAGCUCAAGUAACUGGAGAGCCAUUCUACUUUUCAUGUGUCUCAGCAAGUGACGUUUUGGCCGCUAUACUGAAAAUAAAGAGCAAUGCUAUUGGGGCUGAUGAUCUACCAUUGAAAUUCAUAAAAAUUAUGCUUCCCCUGAUACUUCCCUUCAUCACCCACAUCAUAAAUACAUCUCUCAUGACUUCCGUUUUUCCUGAAAAUUGGAAGUCAUCUAUAGUCAUACCCUUAAACAAAACUCCCAACCCGUCCUCCCUUUCAGACUACAGACCCAUCAGCUUACUAUCUGUGCUCUCCAAAGUACUAGAGGUGAUUGUCCACAAACAGAUGAGUGAAUUUAUUUGCAGUAGGGGGCUUAUUAGCGACUUCCAGUCAGGAUUCAGGUCUGGUCACAGCACCAAUUCUGCUCUUCUCAAGGUGGCUGAUGACGUUCGCAGAGCAAUGGAUGGCAGGGAGCUCACACUCAUUGUCCUUGUUGAUUUCAGCAAGGCCUUUGACUGUGUGUUCCAUCCCAUCCUAUUGUACAGACUGGAGGGUAUGGGUUUCUCUCGUUCGACGGUGGCAUGGGUGCGGUCCUACUUGCAGAAUAGACGUCAGUGUGUGAGACUUGGGGGUUCCUCUUCGCGCUGGCGACCAGUGGGACGAGGUGUCCCUCAGGGUUCAAUCUUGGGUCCUCUGCUAUUCAGUGCAUACAUUGACAACUUGACUCAUGUACUAAAUACUACAGAGCAUCACUUGUAUGCUGACGACUUGCAGCUGUAUAAGCAUUUCAAGCUUGGUGAUGCGGCGACAGCUGUGAGUGACAUGAACCAUGACCUUGCCCGUGUGAUCACCUGGACGGAGAAUAAUGGUUUAAAAAUUAAUGAGAGCAAAUCGCAGGUCAUGGUUGUAGAUUACUUGACAGAGGACAAGUUACUGGACAGAGGACAACUUGAAAUCGUAGCGGGAGGCUGGGUGAUGACCGAUGAGGCAAACAGUCAUUACUAUUCUAUGAUACAGGAAAUGAUGCACGGCCAUCAGUGGCUCAAUAACAAGUUGCAGUAUAAACCUAGGUACAGUUGGUCAAUCGACCCGUUCGGCUUGUCAGCGACUAUGCCCAACCUGCUGCGUAAGAUGGGCAUGGAUGCCCUUGUUAUACAGCGCACCCACUACUCCGUCAAAAAGUACCUCGCCAGGAAUAAACAGCUGGAGUUUCGCUGGCGUCAGACAUGGGACGAUGUGGGCCAAACUGAGCUAAUGACACACAUGAUGCCCUUCUACAGCUACGAUGUGCCGCAUACCUGUGGCCCCGAUCCCAAGGUGUGCUGUCAAUUUGACUUCAAGCGACUGCCGGGUUUUGGUGUGACGUGCCCGUGGCGUGUCUCUCCGCAGACCAUCAAUGAGAACAAUGUCGCACAGAGGGCGACAAUGCUGCUGGACCAGUAUAGGAAGAAAGCGCAACUGUAUCAGACGAAUGUUCUGCUAGUACCUCUGGGAGACGACUUUCGUUAUGACCACUCCACAGAAUGGGACGCCCAGAUGAACAACUAUCAGAAACUCUUCGACUACAUGAAUAACAAUCCGUCUUUGAAUGUUAAGGCGCAGUUUGGUACGUUGAGGGAUUACUUUGACGCAUUGAAGACAAAGAUGCCCUACAACAAGUUUCCCACUCUGUCAGGAGACUUCUUCACAUACGCUGACCGCGAUGAUCAUUAUUGGAGCGGCUACUACACGUCACGGCCCUUCUACAAGAGAUUGGACCGCGUUCUCAUAUCUUAUCUAAGGAGCGCGGAAAUAGCACUGACUCUGAGCUGGUGGGAGGGGCUGAUGCAGGGGGUGGACGCCCAUUGGCUGGCGGGCAGUGACUCGAUUCUGCUGCGGCAGUUGGCUGAGGUGCGCGCGAGUCUCAGUCUGUUCCAGCACCACGAUGGCAUCACGGGCACUGCCAAGGACUAUGUCGUCCAGGACUAUGCUAAGAAAAUGUUGGAAGCAAUAAUGUCGGCUCACCAUGUGAUGCAGCAGUCCAUACAUUUUCUUUUAAAUACAGCAAAGAACACUUACACACCGUCUCCCCAUUCUGAGUUCUUCAUCAUGGACGACAACCGGAAGUUCCCCAACAGCCUUGCCGAACAAACUCUGUUGAGAUUCAGCUCGAGUGUUGAUUCGAUUCGAGUUGUGUUCUUUAAUUCGCUCACCUGGAGACGCCAGGAGGUGGUCAAUCUCAAGGUUGCUACAGUCGAUGUGCAAGUGAGGGAUGCCGAGGGUGGAAUUGUGAAUUCACAAGUGAGUCCACUCUGUCAACUGACUGACGUGACAAAGCAGUGCUUUCUGCUUUCGUUUGUCGCCGAUGUGCCUCCGCUGGGAAUCACCACCUACUUUGUCGAACACGUGUUGUCCAGUGAUACACCCAGAGAGAACAAAGUGCAGAUUAAGGUGUUGAACGCGGCAGGACUGCGCAGUACUCAGCGCGGAAUGUUCGAGGAUUGGGUGAAGGACUUUGACAAGGGCAAGGAGUUCUCCAUUCAGAACAACCGUAUGGCGGUGACGUUCAGCACCAGUGGCCUCCUCAAGGCCAUCACGCUCAAGGACACCGGACGUGUUGUGCCCAUACAUCUCAGCUUUGCCAAAUACAAAACGCGACUGGGUCAGGACAAGAGUGGGGCCUAUCUGUUCCUGCCGGACAGUGAAGGGGAGACCAUCACUGUCAAAGCGCCUCUCAUCCUUGUCUUCGAGGGGCCAAUCAUGUCCAAGGUCCUAGUGCAGCUACCCAAUGUGCUUCACACUAUCAUUGUCUACAAUACGCCAGGUGCCGAUGGUCUUGGAUUAGAAAUACAGAAUAAAGUUGAUAUAUCGAAUGUGAAUAGUAACUAUGAACUAUCCAUGAGACUCUCGAGUAACAUAAAGAAUGGCGAUGUAUUUUUCACGGAUCUCAAUAAUUAUCAAAUAGUGAAGAGAAAAAGGUAUUCGAAGUUGCCAUUGCAGGCUAACUUUUAUCCGAUGCCGAGUGCUGCCUACAUAGAGGAUGACGCUCAUAGGUUGACUGUGUUAUCGGCCCAACCUCUGGGCGUCUCUUCCUAUAGGGAGGGUCAGAUUGAAAUAAUGCAGGAUCGGCGGUUGCUGCAAGAUGAUAAUAGAGGCUUGGACCAAGGUGUGAUGGAUAACACACCUGUCAUUUCAAUCUUCAGAAUUCUUGUGGAAGAACGCAAAUCUGGAUGUUAUAGUUUUUCGAGCGAGCACCCAGCCGGGCUGUUGUCCGAAGACUCCGAACUGGCACUGCACAGCCUGCAGUUCCCCGUCAACCGCCUGGUGUGGUCAAGCCCGGACGACUCACCUCCCCCUCCACCACCCACCGACAUGAUGACGUCAUACUCGCCCGUCAGGGAGCCACCUAGUGUAGACAUGCAUCUCGUUACGCUAACAACGCUCAAUGUGCGCGGAAAUGUGUCUGCCGGUAUCAUAAUCCACCGCACCCAUAUGGACACUUGCUUUAGGGCACACCUGAGCGGCCAGCAUCCUCUCAGCGAAGGCACCAUUGACAUAUCGGCCCUCCUACCCUCCUCAUCCUCCUCCUCCUCACAGACCAUGCACAAGUCUUCGUUGAGCUUCACCCAUGUAGACCGGCUGCCUCUGGACAGGUCACAACCCCAGCCCGUUUGUGCCAUGGAUUUGGCCGCCUUUUGGAUACCAAAACCGGUCAAGCAUUGACGCUUCUAGGUGAUUUAGCUCUGUGGUGUAGGGUAACGGGUGGAACAUUGAGCUAGGAAACAACUAGAGGUGGCACUGAUUGAGGUUGCGUAACCCGUUUGUGCCAUGGGUAACAAAACCGGCCAAGCAUUGACGUUUCUAGGUGGUUUAGCUCUGUGGUGUAGGGUAACGGGUGGAGCACAGAGCUAGGAAACAACUGGAGGUGGCACUGAUUAAGGUUGCCGCAACCCGUUUGUUCCAUAGAUUUGGCCGUCAGUGCAACCUCGAGAUGCUAUUUGGCUCAGUGGAAAGUAUUCAUCCUUCUGUCCAUUAACCUUGUAGUUGCCGACUUUGUAAAUAUGCCUGUUUUAUUUUAAUGAUUGUUGUCCGGUUUCUAGGACACUUAUUAAGUCUGUGCAAAGGCAAAAAAUAAACUUUCUACUUGUGAUAUUUUUCUAUGUUUUUCGAUUUGUAUAUCAUCAAGCUAUCAA